AUGACUGAAGAGAACAAGUCUGACUCGCAAUCUACAAUGAUCGAGCAUCUUUUGUUUUAUGUCAAUGGAAAAGAAGUUAUUGAACGUCAUGCAGAACCCGAUUGGACUCUUCUAUGGUACUUGAGAAACAAAUUGUGUCUCACUGGUUCGAAAUUGGGUUGCGGUGAAGGUGGUUGUGGAGCAUGUACAGUCAUGAUUUCUCGAUGUAUCGAUCGAGAAUCUGGUAAAGUUGAACAUCGAACUAUAAAUGCUUGUUUGGCACCACUUUGUUCAGUUGAUGGAUGUCAUGUCAUUACAGUGGAAGGCUUGGGCUCAGUCAAUAAAUCUAAUAUUCAUCCAAUUCAAUCGCGUCUGACUGAGCUAUUCGGUUCACAAUGUGGCUUUUGUACACCUGGUAUGGUUAUGUCUCUCUAUGGAACAAUCACAACCGCUAAAACUCCACAACCAACUUUGCAAGAUAUUGAAGAAGCUCUAGAUGGAAAUCUUUGUCGGUGUACCGGAUAUAGGCCAAUUCUUGAUGCUGUUAAAACAUUUGCAAGUGAUAUAAAAAAAUUACCGACAGGUGAACCCUGUGCUACAACCUCGACAACAUUAGAUAAAUGCAUUUUAUUUGAGAAACAAGAUUCAAUAGUAUCAAAUCACAUAGAUUUUCCUGCAAAACUACAAAGUUAUACACCUCAAUCAAUUCAUAUUCGUGGUUCUUCAAUGGAUUGGUUUCGUCCUACAUCAUUAAAAGAAGUAUUACAACUUCGUCGUACCUAUCCUGGUGAUGCAUCAAAAUUUGUCUUUGGUAAUACUAGAGUACAAAUGGAAAGACAAAUGAAUGUAAUGAAAUUUCCUCGUCUUAUUGCUCUUACACAUGUGGAGGAAUUACAAAAAUUGAGUCGAACACAUGAUACCUUGUGUUUGGGUGCUGGCAUUACAUUUUCACGUUUAAAAUCGCAAUUAAUCGAAUGGGUAAAUGACAAAAUCAAUGAUGGUGGCAUAUGUGAAGCUUUGCUAAAUCAACUGAGAUAUUUUGCAUCAACACAAAUACGCAAUGUAGCCUCGCUUGGCGGUAAUAUAAUUACUGCUUCACCUAUCUCGGACAUCAAUCCAGUGUUGCAGGCGGCGAAUGCGAUUCUAGAACUUCAUCAUGCUGAUACAAAUGUAGUUCGUCAAAUACCAUUGCGCGAUUUUUUCCUCGGUGCUCGUCGUAUAUCUAUGGAUGAAAAUGAAGUUCUUGUUACUAUCCAUAUUCCUCUACCGGAUUCGUCUGUAAAAUAUUUUCUUCGUUCGUACAAACAAGCUCGUCGCCGAGAUGAUUCCAAAGGUAUUGUUAGUGCUGGAUUUCAAGUUCAACUUGAACAAUCGAAUUCAAGUGAUAGUCAAUGGCAGGUUGCUUUUGCUUGUUUUUCAUUUGGUGGAAUGGGCUCAACAACUGUUAUGGCUAAAAUAGCUCAACAAAAUAUAAUUGGACUACCUUGGACACGAUCAACCAUGAACAAAACUUGUGAAUGGAUUCUGAAUGAACUUCCACUUGACGAAACAAGUUUAGGUGGUCAACCUGAAUACAGACGAACAUUGAUGCAAUCAUUCCUCUUCAAGUUCUACACAUAUAUAUGCUGUGAAUUACGUCAAACUACCAUCGAUCCAACUGAUAAUUCAAUUGCUUAUCCUUAUCGUCGGCCUAUUUCUCAUGCUCAACAAACAAUACCAAAGUGCCCACAAUCUCAAAAAGUUGUUGGAACUUCAUUGCUGCAUCAAUCAGGCUAUUUACAGGCAACUGGAGAGGCUACCUAUGUUGAUGAUAUCCCAUCAUUAACUAAUACGUUACAUGCUGCAUUCGUACUGAGCACGAAGCCAAAUGCUCGCAUUAAACACAUAGAUAUUGAAGCAGCCUCACAAGUUCCUGGUUUCGUCUCGUUUGUUACUCACACUGAUGUACCAGGUUCAAAUCAAACGGGUCCCAUAGUACCAGAUGAGGAAAUAUUUGUUUCAUCAGUUGCACCGUGUAUUGGUGCUGUCAUUGGUCUCGUUGUUUGCGAAUCUGAACAAGCAGCUUAUAAAGCUGCGAAUCUUGUACAAAUCGAAUAUGAACUUUUGACGCCGACUAUUUUGACUAUUGAAGAUGCUAUUAUGCACGAAUCGUAUUUUGGAAAUGAAAUAUGCCUUCAACAAGGUGAUAUAGACAAGAGUCUUGCCGAAGCCGAACAUAAAGUGGAAGGAACACUGAUGAUUGGUGGUCAAGAACACUUCUAUUUGGAACCAAAUUGUUGUAUGGUUAUACCGUCUAUGGAUGAUAAUGAAAUUACCAUGUAUUUGUCAACACAGAGUGUAAGUGCCCCGCAAGAACUGACUGCACGGGCACUUGGCCGCGAUAUCAGUCGUAUUAAAUGUCACAAUAAACGCGUUGGUGGUGCAUUUGGUGGUAAAGAAACCAGGCCUAUACCUCUAUGUAUUGGGAUUGCAGUAGCAGCAGUAAAAGUUGGCCGUCCAGUUCGUUUCAAUCUUGACCGUCAUACAGAUAUAUCUAUUACAGGGCAUCGUCAUCCGUUCAAAGUUGAGUAUAAAGUAGGUUUCACCGCUAAUGGUAAUUUGUUAGCACUUGACAUUCAACUAUGGAAUAAUGGAGGUUGUUCCUUGGAUUACUCAAUUUCUAUUAUGGAACACGCCAUGCUUCAUACAGGCAAUUGCUAUCGAUUUCCAAAUAUACGUAUACGUGGUCGCAGCUGUAAAACACAUUUACCAUCGAAUACAGCCCUACGUGGUUUUGGUGGUCCUCAGGGGAUAUUAGCAUCUGAGAAUAUUAUUGAGCAUAUUGCUAGUUACCUUAAAAUGGAUCCAUUUAAUAUUCGCCAGCUGAAUCUAUUUAAAGAAGGAGACACAACACAUUAUGGGCAGAUAUUAGAGCAUUGGAAUGUUCCUCGAAUAUUGAAUGAAAUAAUUACUUCAAGUGAUUUAGUUACAAGACAAAAACAAGUCGAUGAAUUUAACCGUACAAAUAUCUAUCGAAAACGUGGUAUUAGUAUUAUUCCAACAAAAUUUGGUAUCGGUUUUCUACUUCGAUUUCUGAAUCAGGCAGGUGCUCUUGUGCAUAUCUAUAAAGAUGGCUCAGUUUUAGUCAGUCAUGGAGGUAUCGAAAUGGGACAAGGUUUAAAUACUAAAAUGAUAGCCAUAGCAGCUGAAGUCUUAGGUUGUGGUGUUCAUCGUAUUCGAAUCAGUGAAACAGCAUCUGAUAAAGUGCCUAAUGCAAGUUCAACAGGCGGUUCAGUUUCAUCCGAUCUUAAUGGCAUGGCUGUAAAGCAUGCGUGUGAACAACUUCGUGAACGAUUAAAUACACUUAUUGUUGAUAAUAAUGCCGAAAUAUCAUGGGAAAAUUUAGUUACACAAGCUUAUUUUUCUCGCCUUGACCUUUGUGCACAUGGAUUCCACGCUACACCCAAUAUGUUUGAUUAUGAUCUGUCUCAAAAUCGAGCUCAAUACAAUUAUUUUACACAAGGUGCAGCAGUAUCUGAAGUCGAGUUGGACACAUUGACUGGCGAUUGGCAUAUAUUACGCGUCGAUAUUCUCAUGGAUGUUGGUACAUCUCUAAAUCCUUAUAUUGAUAUCGGUCAAAUUGAAGGUGCCUUUAUGCAAGGUGUCGGUUUAUUUACUAUGGAAGAACUGAUAUGGGGCGAUCAUGAGCAACAAAAAUGGAUUAAACCUGGUUUCUUAUUCAGUCGAGGCCCAGAUACAUACAAAAUUCCAUCAUUCAGUGAUGUUCCACUUGAUUUUCGUGUAUCACUUUUAUCUGAAUCAUCGAAUCCAAGAGCCAUCUAUUCAUCAAAAGGCAUUGGUGAACCACCCAUUACACUUGCAAGCUCAGUAUUUUUUGCACUGAAACAAGCAUGUAUGGCUUAUCGAAAGCAGCAAGGUUUUUCGGAUUAUUUUACAUUGCAAUCACCUGCCACAGUCGAACGACUUCGAAUGGCAUGCUCUGAUGAAUUCACUAACCGUGCAUGUCUGACCGAUCAUCAGAACUUCCAACCACGGGGUUCUUACUAA